CCUCUUACCCUAGGGAAGGAAUGCUGGCAAAGCAUUUUUCACCCCAUGGAAAGCACUUAAGACUGUCAAACUUUGAGAGAGUAUUCAUUUCAAUGAUUCGGAUGUAAUACAUAACUUUAUUCUUUUAUCAAUCCACUUUAGGUUAACCUAUAGAUAAGGAUAUCUGGUUUUAGGACAAUCACAGGAGAACUUUGAAUCUGCUGAAACGUCACAAAGUAUUCUCCAUAGUUAACGCACGAGCAGAUCUUCAUCAGCUCAGUGAGAUACAUUGUUCCGUGCAAGAAUGAAGACUUUGCAGACCUUUUUUCUGUUUGUGUUUGUACCUUUGGUAAAUUCAGCACCGCCUAUACAGCAAGAAUCACUCCAGUUUUACGAGUAUGAUACAGAUGCUACCGUGGGAAGCCUGAUCCAACAAGAUUAUGAAAUGCAAUCCAACGACAUAAGAAAGGAUGGAACAAAUGUUUCUCUUGACACUUCCCUGAGACUGCAAGGGGAUGACAGUGAUGGCAAUGCUGCACCAACAAAGGAUACAAAUUUACCUACUUGUCUGCUCUGUGUGUGUUUAAGCGGAUCAGUGUACUGCGAGGAAAUAGACAUCGAAGCUGUGCCCCCGCUGCCAAAGGAAACAGCCUAUCUUUAUGCACGAUUUAAUAAAAUAAAAAGGAUAGCAGUCUCGGAUUUUGCUGACAUUACUACCUUGAGAAGAAUUGAUUUUAGUGGAAAUAAGAUAGAAGAAAUAGAAGAUGGAGCUUUUUCAAAGCUUCUGUUAUUGGAAGAACUGUCUCUUGCUGAAAAUCGACUUCUAAAACUUCCUGUUCUACCUCCCAAACUAACUACAUUUAAUGCAAAUCAAAAUAGAAUCAAGAGCAGAGGAAUCAAAGCAAAUGCUUUCAAGAAGCUGACAAAUUUGGCCUACCUCUACUUAGGACAUAAUGCACUGGAAUCUGUUCCACUUAAUUUGCCAGAAAGUCUGCGUAUUCUUCACCUUCAGUACAACAAUAUUACUACAAUCACUGAUGACACAUUCUGCAAAUCUAAUAAUACACGUUACAUCCGCACAAGUAUGGAUGAGAUAAGGAUGGAAGGCAAUCCGAUCCUCUUGGCAAAGCAUGUUAAUGCUUUUUCCUGCUUGAGAACACUGCCUGUAGGAACAUACUACUAGCCACGAGUUAUGUAAUUAUACAUGCCAAAACUUAAGCAUGGUAAUAGAAGAUAAUCCUUUUUCCUCUGUUUACACAUUUAUAUCCUCUCCCUUACCAAUACUGUUUUCCCUGCAUACCCAGAACCUUUUACUAUGGUGAAAUGUUGUUCUCCUCUGAAAUAACUAUUUCAAAACAUUUUAUUUAGUAGUUCGAAUGUCACCCAUGCAUUCAGAAUCUUUCGUGCUAAUGCAAAUGUAAAAAUACAUAUAUGCACACACAUAUCUUCACAACUUUUAUUUCAUCACAUAUUAUUUACAGGUAGGUAAAACCACACAAGUAACUGCUCGUUCACAUUCUUUACCAGUACCCAGAACAAUCACUACAUUUUACUUUCAAAUAAAUGCAAAACAUUCUUUGAGGAAGAUAGAGGGGAAAAAACUGUUUAAUUCCAAUCCACUUUUAAAAUCUGAAAGGUUUUCAGCUGACCUUUUGCAUACAAAACAAAAUUAUGUUUAGAAAUAGAACUUCUCAAAGCUUAGAUUUGCUAAAUCUUCCUUAAAAACUUGGCUUGUGAAAAAUGAGAAUAAUUCCUAUUCAGGCUUAGUGUACCAAGAAACACAGCACCUGUAACUUUUCAAAGAUGUGUUAAAUCUCCUUUUACUAUUUUGCUGUAAAAAUAAUCUAAGAGUGUGUAUAUAUAUGUAUUUUAUUUUUACAACAGUUAUUUUUAAUUGACAUACAGAAAUUUUGCUUAGUUGCACUCCCAAGAGUAAUUUUUGCAACACCAGCUUCCUGCUUUAUUCCAAUGGUCCAAGUACAGCAGAGUAUGACUUCAAGUAUCUGUUAUUAACAGAUGAUGUACACCAAGCCUUGCUCCGCUGCUUCUUCUUGACAAGCAAAUGUGCCAAUAUAAUUAACAGCAAAGUGGAAUGAAUGUUUUUACCUUUAAAUAAGUAAGAAUUCAUCUAGAUGUCAGUGCAAAGAAAUAAAGUACCCUUGUGCAACAAUGUUUUUGCUCAUUAGGGAAAAAUCAAAUCAGAUCAUUAAAUGAAAGAGAAAAGCUGAUUCUGUCCUUUGUCUAAAACCUGUGUUGACUUCAAGCCAAUUAAACCAGCAACAUUUCACUCAACUUUAAACCACAUAGCAUAUUAAAUCACAAGUUAACUUGUGUAGGCUCCAACAGUCAGCUCACUUAAAACUAGACAUAAUUGACAGAGGACACAACAUUUCUAUUUUGUUUCAGUUUCUCCUCUUAAAUACCUACCACAGGUGUAAACACUUCAGAUAAAUGAAUGCCAAAAGUGUACUAGUUACUAUUACCAGAUCAACUUUGUGCUAAUUUUGAAGCUAAUAUAGAUUCCUAAUUUGUAGAAAUAGUUAAGCAUCAAAUGCAUGAUUAUGUAUCACUGCAUCUAGAAUAUUGAUUUUACAAGAUAUUUUGUAUUAAUUUUGUUUUUCUUCUUUAGCUAAGCCUUGAUUUGUUAGCACUUGUGCUCUGGGGAAUUCAAUGUACAUUUAAUCCUAGCAUACUGAUGCUCUGCCACUAAGAGUGUUGAGACCUAAGUGACUUUUGGCCACUUUUAAAGUGACUAUGUCAAGCAUCAACCGAAGGCUCAACUUUCUGAAAAGAGGAUGCAAUUAUGAAAUGCAAGACACAAAGUAGUUUUGCCCUGAACACACUACCCAAGACACAGCAGUCCCCAAUAUUUUCCAUUUGAAGUUAUUUUGUGUAACAAGAAAGAAAUUCCACUGUCUUAACACAACUGAGAACAAAAUCAAAUCUGACAGUGAGAAUUAAUACAUGAGAAAAUGAAAAACAAGUAAUUGUUUACCAUUUUGGCAAAGGGUAGAAAAUAACCUCAGAGCAUGUAAAAACACAUUCCAACUCCAAGCCAAAUUUAUCUAGGCAAAAAUAAAAGCCACUAAUUAUCUCACCCCUCUUUUGAUAAAUGCCCAAGAUGGAGAAAACACAGGUAAAAGUGUAAUAAUGUUACAUAGGCAGUGGCCUAUGAUCUUAUUCUCAUCAGAAAUUGUUGCUACUAAGAACUCCUUCCAGUGUUACUAGGGUCAGUGUGUAUCACCAAAACUCUCCCUAUGAAAACAAUUAUAAGUGUAUACACAAAUACGUGCAUGUUUAUGUGAUAUAUAGCCACAUGUAAACAUUCUGAGACCUAACCACUGUCAUCUUCUUAAUUUUACAUUAAAGUGUUGUAUCUAUUUUUGAAAGAAGCAUCAAUGGUAACACUAACCAAUGCUCUUAAUAUUUUGUGAGCAAACACAAGUAGACAACUGGCACCUUCAGAAUGUCUCACUCAGGAAAUAAUUUAUCUGAUUUAUCUGAUCAAUUUCCCCAUUCGUAGCAAGUUAACUCAUCAGAAUAUUGAGAAGUGCUUCAGUAUGCAGGAUUUUUUGCCUUCUGUUUGUGUGACUAGGAGUAAUAUCAAGCUGAAUGUACUCCACUCUGUUUUUUUCCUAUGACUCUGUUCUGUAUUGCCAAUAAAACUUGAAUUUUUUUCCUUGUUUAUCAACAUCAGCUUCAAAAACCUGCUCUCUAAACA